AUGUAUAUUGAAUCCAUCUUGUUACCAUUCUCUAUUCCAAUGUUGGAUGAAAUGUAUAAAAUCAAAUUGAAAGAUAUCGACGAGAUGGAUAGCGGUGAAUCAAAAGUUUUGGUCAAAGAGGUGUUCAAUAAGAGUAUAAAGAAAUCCUCAGUUUUAAAUCUCGGUGCAAACUUGUCUCGAAAAUUUGCUGUAAGAAUCUUCGAGAAUCAUCCGAGAGAUAGUUUAAACGAAUCCUUAAGGAUCGAUAAACAAUUUAUUCCUUCUAACGAAAUAAUACUAUUAAUCUGUCGAACACAUUUUUCUUUUCUACCUGCGAAACAAUUUAUCCUUUAUAAGCAUUUUCUGAUGUCAAGUUUCAGAGCUCAAGAGACGAUUUAUUAG